AUGAAGAGGAGAGGAGGGAAUGGAGGAGUUUCUGCGGACCUCCUUGUGUGCUUGCCGUCGCGAGGUCGGCUGGCCCUGACGCCGAAGCCCAUCUGCAGCCCUUCGCGCUCUUCGGAGGCGCAGAAGCGCCACCAGCUCCGCUCCGCCAGCCGCGGCCGGGGAAGCCCGAUGUUCAGGACCAAUGACAGCAACGCGAUGAUGAACGCGGCCGGUGAGACGAUCUCUGAGGAGCCCAGCUCGCCCAAAGUCACCUGCUCCGGUCAGAUCAAAGUAUCACGCCCAAAGCCCACUGCCGAUAGCCGCGGCAGAAGCUGGCAGGCGGUCAUGGAUGAGGUGGAGAAGACUCACGGCCGGCGGCGGCAUGGGAAGGCCCGUCGGUGGCCCCAGUGGACGGAGGCCUUUUUCCUCUUCAACGCCUUCCGGGGAUUCCGCUUCCGCUUGGGCUGUUUUGGGUCCUUACGGCGCCCCGCAGACGAUAGCAGCACCUCCGCAGAAGAAGAAGAAGAAGAAGAGGACGACGGCGAUGACGGAGAAGGGGAGCGCAGCGGUGCAACCCAGACAGCCUUCUCCAAAUGGUUUAUGGUUCUGGAGGAGAGCCAGAAUCACCACAGCCGUGACAAGAACAUCUUUGACGUAGAAGAAAAGGAAGAUGAUGAUGAUGACGAAGAGAGAGACUGCGCAGGUACAGCAUCUCCUCCGGCGGCGGCGCCGCCACCUAAUGCUCUCCUUCUGACGAGGUGCCGAUCGACGCCGGGGAGCAGGCGGGCGCAGGGAGGAAGAGGAGCCGCCGCCUGGGAUGCAACGAGGAAGGAAGCGAAGGGGGAGAAGAAGAGGGUUGUGAUGAAGCGGCAAGCCACUAACUUCCUCGAGGUGUCGUCGGACAUUGCCAAGGAGACGUGGGUGGUCGGAAGCUUCGACCUGGCCAGGAGCCGGAGCUGGAAACGAUGA